AAGAUACUCAGAGAUCAUCCUAAGGAGAGUCCUAAGUACUUUUUGCAGAAGUGGAAUUGCUAGUCAACGUAAUCAGGCUAAAGAGUUUUUGCGAACUAAAAAGUUCAGUACUUGUGGGUGUAGAAUGCUGCAAGCUGCACAUUGUUUCUUUCAUAUUUAGCUCUUGUUUCCAAAGAGGAAGUUUCGGUUCUUGUAUAAUACAAAGGAGUUAUAUUGGUCAUGGGCUUUGGCAAAAUGUUGAAUCACCCUCCUGAUCACUGAUGGACUACACGAGUCAUCGUGCUCUGUCAAUGCACAUAAUGAAACUGAUCACUGCUGCUGGAGUUUCAGAAACAGUCACAACAGCAGCUCUUGAUGUAUUUGUUUUGUAUUAUCGACGAUGUUGGAGUCAGUUUGCAUCCAAAAGUUGAAAAAUGGAUUACAAUUCCUGACUAUUUUAUCUUAAUGUGUUCAGGGUUCUUUGCAGUUUGAUUUGUGUUUGAAUAAUAAAAAUGAGCUUAGGGAGCUUAAAAAGUGUGCUUGCUGAGGCAGCCAUGAAGGGGGUUACUGAAGCAAGGGCACGAAUAUUCGGUCACAUACUUAACCCAUCUGGUCAAAGAUCUGCGCACAAAAUUUUGCGCAAGAAGCUCAUCGGAGAGAAGGUUUCACAAUGGUAUCCUCAUGAUAUUAAGCAAGACGAUCCUCUUGUCAUGGCGCAAAAGGAGCAAGAAGUGAGGCUGCUAUGUUUGAUCUUCAUAAUUUGACCCUUCACUGGACCCUAUGCAUAUCAAGAACUUCUAUGCGAGCUACUUGUUUGUUUAGCAGAACAUAUUGACUGGAUUCCAUGUCCUAAUGCAAGAUUUGGGUAUAAUCAUAUGGUGGUAGCCAUAAUUCGUGUCGAUGUAAUAGUAUAGGUACUUCUUACUAAAUACAGGUACCAUUUUCAAAAAAAAAAAAUGGUGGUAGCCUCAGCAUAUACAGAUAGACUUCUAUAUUAUUACUGCCAUCUCCUUUCCAGAGUUCCACCUUAUGUUUCUUACUGCAAGUAAAUUCUUGCUGUUCAAUAACAUGUAUUUGCAGCUGGUGGUGUUUCCUUUUUUUUGCCUGAUUAAAUUUCUUGAAGUAAAUGCUGUGUUUAUCAUUGUAAUCAUAGAAAGGCUCAUCUACCAGCAGUGUUUUUUCCUACUUACAUGUUUUGUGGUUAUACGAUUUUUUACUUCUGCAUCUAUACUUGGCAGGCGUUUAAGCAAGCUUGAGAUGUUAAAACGUCGUGGAAAAGGACCGCCAAAGAAGGGUCAAGGAAAGAAAGCUGCAAAACGCAACAAAGUCAGCUCGAAGUAAAAACCCCCUACUGAUGUGGAAUGUGUUGGGUUCUGGUUGUAUCAGAAUUGAUGAAAACCAUAGCACCGAAAUAUGAUGGUUAUAUGUCCGGACUUCUGACUUGGAGCUUACUGACCGGUUGAUUGGCAAAUACGGGGUGCUGUUUUAGGUUCAGAAAAUUUUCGAUUACAUUUUGUGUUACUAUAUUCCAAAUUUGUUGAUUUUGUUCCCUUCUACUCCCUCGUGCAUUUGAUUUUGAUUUCUUCCAUUUGCGUUCCUUGAUCAGAUGUACACAUUUUCUCAUGAUUUGAAAAUAGCUGAUGAUGACAUUCUCUGUUAGUGUAACUAGUAUGUGUCUCGCGCUUUACUUGGGUUUGUCAAUGUUGAAAAUUUAUCUUUCAAAAGAAUUAAUUAGAUAAUGUAG